UUAAGAAUCAAGUGGUUUGUUUACAGUCACAAACGGGACGUCGAGGAAGGUGCAUGCUACUAACGGCUCCGCUAACCAUUCUCUCUUUAUCAUCUCUUCCUUUAAAGACAUUCUUUUAGGAUAAAAUUUACUGAGGAAAUAUGGCUGGUCACUCUGUUCCUGUGGACUUCAGGGUCAAUCCUGCAAAGAUCUCCAACCCUGUUGAGAGAAAAACACUUCUCCAGGAUAUGCUGCCACUAAUUGAGCCCUUCACUGGCUCACUCACAGAGAUAUCUGUGUGUGAGGUGCCUGGUGGAAAUUUUGUUGCUCUAUAUGCCUCCGACACCAUGACACUCUCGGUCAAGCUUUACUCCAAUGGUCUCGUCACGGCAACUGUUGAAUAUUACACUGACCAGGUCAACGAGCACAAGAUUGCUAAUGAUCAUGGGAGGGCUUUGGAAAAGCAGCUCAUGGCAAAGUUUGACUGCAGUGUGGCCAAGGUCUUACCGGCAAUCAAGAGAGCUCCCCCUGUCAACCCAUACUUUACAUCUUCAGAUGACAGGCUGCUUGAAUAUGACACUGAUGGUAUUGUCUUCGAGGAGCAGUCGGAAUUCCAGAAGGUGCAGAUAUACAGCACAAAAAGUUUCGGAAACCUCUUGGUCCUAGACGACCUCCAAAACCUUGCAGAACAGGACUUACCAUACACCCAUGGUCUCAUGAACAAGGACAAGGAGGACUUUGCAGGGAAGGAAAUACUGAUCCUUGGAGGUGGUGACGGGGCCCUUCUGUGGGAGCUGCUGAAGGAGAAGCCCAAAUUCGUCACCAUGAUUGACAUUGAUGACGUUGUGAUGAAAGCUUGUCGCAAGCACAUGAAGUCAGUAUGUGGCACCUGCAUGGACAACUAUGAUGGAGAGAACUAUAAGAUUAUUGUUGGAGAUGCCAUUAAAUACAUGAAGGACUACAUAAAGGAAGGGAAACAGUUUGACUAUGUGUUUGGAGACCUCACAGAUGUGCCCAUCUCUCCCACCCCCCGAGGGCAGCUAUGGGACUUCCUGCGCACCAUUCUUGGUCUGGGGAUUCAGUGUGUCAGGCCAGGCACUGGGAAAUAUAUGACACAUGCUAUUGGAAUCCAGUGUUCAAGUGCUCUGAAAAUGUUUGAGGAGCAGUUCGAAGCCCAAGACAUCCCAGUGACUCUGACACGUACAAGCCAUUACGUGCCAUCCUUCAUGGAGUACUGGUGCUUCUACCAAGCCACCCGCAAGGCAGCGUAGGGCAGGACACACAUUCCUUAGGCUUGAUUUUGUUACGGCUUUACAAAAUGAAGUAUCGUGUUGCAGCUCUCCCAAGAUGAAGUAUAUACAUAACUAAAUCUGUCUAUAUAUUAUAAGCUGCUUAUAUAUUGUUGAACAUCUGAAUUCAGUACAACUAAAUAGAUUUUUACCUAAUAUUUUUUAGACCUGUUUUUUCACCAAAUGCUAUUAAAUUUAUGCAUUAGAUAUUUUUAGAAACCGCAUUUUAUUACUUUUUGUGUACUAUGAUAUUCGUAAAACAGUUGUUACAAGGCCAGUUUAUUGCAAAGCAAUGUGAUUAGUCUUUUUAAACCAUAAUUAUCAUUACUAGAUUAACUAUUUGAACCUGAUCACCCAUUGAUAUUCAUCAGUAGUAUUCCAAAGACACUGGAUGGUUGUUUUACAUCUCGAGUAAUACAAUUACAUGAGUCUACCUUUUUGUUGUAUUUGAUCUAGCCUAGAAUAUGAUUUUCCUAAUAAAAACGGAAAUCAGGA